UCGAUAGUGCGACGCACACGAAGGCGUCGCGUCAGAACUCGGGAGUUGGAGCUGUUGAGUUGAAUGCUAUCGCUAAUUCGUUACCGGAGUGGCGAGGAAGAGAGAGAGAAAGAAUCAGUGUGUGUUGCGUUGUGUCAGCAAUUGGUAGCAUAUUGUGACGGAAAUUCAGUCGAGACUCUGAUCGACGCGAAAACAACGGUAUGUCAAGCAGCGGAGACGAGUGCAAGCUGAAGGGCGGUCAUCCCCCGGCAGUAAAGGCAGGCGGUAUGAGGAUAACGCAGCACAAGACACCGAAGGAUGAACGCGAGACGAAGCCUAGCAAAGACGUCGAGGAGAGCAGGCCGUCCAGCAGUCCGCCAAAGACAAUAAUGAUCAGUGGCGCUCCGGCCAAAGGAAAUGCAGAUUUUCCACCAGAAGCUGUGCAACACUUCCACGAGAAACCCAUACCGACUCAUGAUGCACGGCCAGCGCAUUGUUCGCGUCCCAUUAUCAUUAUAUAUAUAUGGGAGAUAGAUGAAGAACAGGCAGGCCUGCAUAACUAA